AUGGCCAUCCGCGAUGCGGUGCUGUUCAUCGACAACGAGCGGCUGAGCAUCCACGCCGAGGUGGCGGAUCUUGGACGCGAAUCGCAGCGGAUUGUGGCCAGCAUGGCGGACGACCGCGAGACUGACCAGCACCUGCUCGACACUUGGCGGGUCCACCACCGGGCUAAGCUCCGGCUGCAGGCGCUGGCCAAGCUUGAGGCGUUUCUUGAUGCCGAGUGCCCUGCGUACGCCGAGCUGCGGGGCGCGUUCAAGGGCUCAGACAGCUGGGCCGACGAGCUCCUGCCGCCGCCGCCGCUGGUCGGCUGGCGCGACGUCGAGUCGACCGCGCCGUCUUACUCGUCGAUCGGAUCGACGACGGCGGUCUCGAGCUCGUAUGUGAGCGGCAGCACGAGCUCGUUCAGCUAG